AUGGUGAUCACAAGCUUGGAUCUCAACUUUCCAGCUCAAAAGCCUCCAGGACACGUCAGAUUCGUCUGCAUAUCAGACACGCAUACGAGGCAUCGUCGAAUCGCUAUGCCUCCAGCGGACGUUUUGCUCCAUACGGGAGACUUUACAUUCAGCGGCGUCGAGCACGAAAUCCAGGACUUUAUGAACUGGAUUGCGUCAACGCCUUAUCAAUACAAACUCAUGAUACCAGGAAACCACGAACUUACACUCGACCUCCCAUUCUACCAACAAAACGCCGCCAGAUUCCAUUCUCGGAAAGCCGAGACCUUGAAUCCACUCGAGUCACGAUUCCAACAACAUUUCGAGACGUUGGGGUUCAAGUUAUUUGAUGAGAAUUCACAGAUUGGGGAACGGUGUAAGGCUAUUGUGUUGUCUAAGAGGGAACAGAAUGUCUUUUACUUGGAAGAUGAGAUGGUGACUAUACCUGGCACUGGCAUCAAAGUCUAUGGAUGUCCAUGGAUGCCAGAUUUCCAUCAAUUCGCGUUCAUGAUGCCUCGAAAUAGUCCUGAACUAGAAGCCAAAGUAAACCAAAUCCCAACCGACGUCGACAUAAUCAUGUCGCAUGGCCCACCACACGGAAUCGGACGACUCGACAUUGCAGCAUUCACGCAAGAGCACGUCGGAUGUGAAUUACUGACUCAACGAGUCAUGAAUACGAAUGCCAAAGUGAAUGUGUUUGGACAUAUUCACGAAUCGUUUGGAACGUGUGAGGUGAAUGGCAAGACGUUUAUUAAUGCGUCGACGUGUACGCUUAAAUAUCAGGCUGAUAAUCCACCUGUUAUGUUCGAUUUGCCUGUUGGUGGGGCUGAGAUGGAUGUGCAGCCCUAA